CCAUCCGCAUUGAUGAAUAAAUUCGUUUUGUAUAAUUUUGGCUCACCUUGUGUGCAAUAAUGUUAUUUUAUAUUUCAGUAAAUAAGAUUCUGGGCCAUCUUUUGGGAAUUAGGCACCUAAAACCAUAUGAAUGAGUAACAACAUAGGUUCAACUCUUCCACCACAUUUACAACAGAAGAGAGAGUCUAAGGAAAGUAAUACUGAGGAAAGAGAUAAAAGUUCUUUUCAUAAUAUUGGUCCUGCUUUACCACCAUGGUUGAAAAAGAACACUGGAACACAAAGACCCCCAAUUCAUAGCAGAGAGGCAAAAGAAACAGUUGCAGUUGGCCCUGCUCUACCUCCAUGGUUGAAAAAUAAAAAUUCUGAUGAGCCAGAAAAAAAGUCAAAUGAUGGUAAAGAACACACAGUGAGCAAUAUUGGACCUGCCUUGCCACCAUGGAUGGAAGAUAGACAAACACCAGAUGUGAGAAAUGAUGAUGAGAAUUCAUUUGUUCCUCCUUUACCACCAGGAUUUCAACAAUCAAACUUGGAGCCACAACAAUCAACUUAUCCAAAUAAUGCUGAUUACCUAGGAGAUGCUGAUUCUAUUAUUGGUCCCUUACCACCUUCUGGAAACGAAGACAGUUUAUUAUCUGUUGCGGAACAAUUUGAAAAAAGAUCUAAGAAAAUGAAAGAUAAGUUGGAAGGAAGAGAAGCACCAAAGAAAUUAGAAAGAGAGGAAUGGAUGACUGAGUUACCACCAUUAUUACAGGGCUUUGGAACUGGUCCUCGUAAGUUUCGGGCUAAAGAAAAAAAUGAAAUUGGUGAUCGUUCUGUAUGGACAGAGACUCCUGCAGACAAAGCAAAGAAGGCGGCUCAAGGAAAGACAUCUAACAGUGUGCCGGAUGAGGAACGGAUUGAACAAGAAGCAUGGGCCAAGCGUGAUGCAGAAAUUGCCAUGAAACUUUCUGAUAAAACUAGUUCUGAAAGAGGUGAAUCACUAAUGAAUAUCCACGAGAAAGCAAGGAAAAGAAAAUUAGAAGAAGAUCAGGAAUCUGGCGAAGCAAAUAUCCGAAGACCAUUUGAUAGAGAGCUCGAUUUACAAACUAACAAGUUUGAUGAAGCUGCUAAGAAGAGAUUCAUCAAGAAAACACAGGGGCUUUCUUCUCGUUUUUCUUCUGGAUCAACAACCUCCAAAUUUUUAUGAAAUUUUUUAUGUGGCUUAUCUAUAGCCAUGCUUGAAAAAUUGUUUCGGAAAUUAUGAGAUGUUCAGCAUGAACUGAAGAGAAUGCCAAGAUCGUAUUGCUGAUAACUGCUGCAUUGACAUUAUUCUGAAUCAUGUCUGUUCAUGUGAUAUGCAAUGUGAAAAUAUAGAUGUUUUUCGUCACUAUUUUCAGAAUAGCAAAAAGUAAAAUAUUGGAAAUAUGAAAUGCUACAAAGAUUGUUGGUUUCUGUUAUCGAAUAUAAAUGUUAGGGGAAUGAAUUAUCAGGACUAUUUGAUAUUGUUUUUAUUCUGGUGUUUUGACAGUCAUAUCUGAUGCCAGGGCUUGAUAAAUAUCAGCAUAUCUAGUAGCUUUUGUAUUUCAACUAACCUUGCACUGCCUUUAUUUCUAGA